GAAUGUAAUGUUUAGAGCAGCAGACAACAGUCAUCAUGUUGGGCUCCUUAGUUCUUUUUGGGUUUUGCAUCUGCCUCUUUUACUUCUUAAUCAGGGUCCAGAGACCAAAGAACUUCCCCCCCGGGCCACGACCCUUACCCAUAUUUGGCAACUUUUUUCAACUUAAUAUCAAAAAUCCACUGAAAGACUUUGAAAUGUUGGCUGAGCGUUAUGGGAAUGUUUAUAGCCUCUAUCUCGGGAGAAGUCCAGCUGUUGUACUUAACGGUUUGAAGACUAUAAAAAAAGCUCUGGUCAGUAAAUCUGCAGAUUUUUCAGGACGCCCACAGAAUUUGCUAGUCAGCCAUAUAAAUGAAGGAAAAGGAGUUAUAAUGGUUGAUUAUGGUCCUGCAUGGAAGGAGCAUCGGCGUUUUGCUCUCAUGACCCUAAGGAACUUUGGCAUGGGGAAACAGUCUAUGGAGAACAGGAUUCUGGGAGAAAUUGAACACCUUGUUGCAAAACUGGAGAUCCAUGCGGGAAGCGUCAUGGAUCCUGAGACUUUGUUCCAUGAUGCAGCAUCAAAUAUCAUCAACCUGGUGUUAUCUGGCACUCGCUAUGAAUAUGGUGGUGAAAGCCUUAAAAAAUUUAUUACAUUAUUUAAUGAAGCUGCCAAGAUUAUUAAUGGACCUUGGUUAAUGAUCUAUGAUAAUUUUCCCUUGGUGAGAUCCCUGCCUCUUCCCUUUAUGAAAAUCUUUAAGAACAACCAUUUACUUAAAGAAAUCACAGCGACCAUGAUCAAAAACCACAAGACGACAAGAAUACGUGGAGAGCCGAGAGACUUUGUCGACUGCUAUCUGGAUGAGCUUGAUAUGGUAAAAGAAGGAUCAUCAUUUAAUGAAGAACAAUUGGAAAUGUUCAUUCUAAAUUUGCAUGAAGCUGGGAUUGAUACCAUAUCCAAGACCCUACUUACAACAUUCCUCUACCUCAUGGCUUAUCCAGAUAUUCAGGAGAGAUGUCAGCAGGAGAUUGAUGAGGUUCUACUUGGAAAAUCUGAGGUGUCUUUUGAGGACAGACAUGAUAUGCCGUACACACAGGCUGUAAUGCAUGAGUCUCAGCGCAUUGCCAACAUUGUCCCUCUAAGUGUGUUCCACUCGACCACGAGAGAUACUGAACUGAUGGGCUACAGCAUCCCAAAGGGAACUAUUAUCAUCCCAAACCUCUCCUCAGUGCUGAGGGAAAAAGGCCAGUGGAAGUUUCCUCAUGAGUUCAACCCAUCAAACUUCCUCAAUAAACAAGGACAGUUUGAGAAGCCUGAGGCAUUUAUACCUUUUUCAGUUGGGCCUCGUGCGUGUCUAGGUGAAGGUCUUGCUCGCAUGGAGCUCUUCCUCAUCUUAGUCUCCCUGCUGCGUCGCUUUAGGUUCAUUUGGCCUGAGGAUGCAGGAGAACCAGAUUUAACUCCUGUAUAUGGAGUUACAAUUGCCCCCAAACCAUACAAGAUGGGAAUUAGACUGAGACAACCAGCUAGAGAGAUCCAGAAAUAGUCAGAUAUACUGUACUAUAUACUGACUAAUUAGUUAUGGUAAAUUAAAUAGUAUUAUAUCACAAUAACUGAAAAAAAAAGAAGAAGAAUGUUGAUGAAUGAUGAGCUUAGGUAAAUGUUGUUUUGAACAUUUGGAGUAGAGAAUUAAAGCCUGUAGAGAAUUAAGGCUAUAUUCUGGUUGUAUUGUGGGUUGUAAGUGGCUCUUUGCAAUACUUGCCUCAAGUUUAAACAUUAUGAAACCACAAUACAAAAUUAUGUAAAUAAAUUAUUUUACAGAGUAUGUACAAGAUAUAACCAACAAACCCAUUGCAUGUCAAAAAUAUCAUACCAUAUGUAUAUCAUACUGUAAUACUAAACAUGACAGUUUAGCCUUGUCUACCUUAAACAGUCUUAGAACAAAUUGUAAACUGUAAUUUCUUUAAAAAUGUAAAAUUAAAAACAAAAAUGUUGUAUGGGUAUGCACUAUAAAUUAAAAAUGUUUGGAGCAGUGAACUAAAAUAAAUUGCUUAAUAAAGUAAAAUUUGAGAACCUGUGCUUGGGAGGA